GGCCCCUCUGACUGCAACUCAAUCCUUUAACUAACCAAGUACCUCAUGGGCUCUGUCCAGCCUGUCCAGCCUGUCCAGCCUGAGGAUCACCAAACCCCGAACAAAUCCCAUCCCAGUCCUCAUUGGGUGACUAAGAAUCCUUUCAUCCCCAAGCUGGUCGUUAAAAGCAGCGCUCACUUUCCCAACCCUUUGGUAUUAGAGAAUCAAUGUCCCACCGCCCACCGCCACCAUCUUAGAUGGUUCUUUUACAAUACUACUGAACCUUUGGAGUUUCUUCACCAGUAUGGGCAAGUAGUUGACAGUGUCUUGAGAGGUGGUUCAUUAAACCAGGUUAAAGGACCCAGCCUCGUCAAAGUCCAACUCACUCGUCAGUCGCCGUCUUCAACCUGGCUACACACGCCUAAUUGGCUACUCUCCAUAUCAACUUGGUUUAAUAAUCACCUUUCCGAGUUACGCUCACAGCUUCUCAAUCAUGACCGAAGUCAUGCCUACCCCUCCCGCAGAAUACCACUACGGUGAGCACACCUGGGACUCUCUUCGCGCCAUCCUCGAGGAUCCUGCAGAGCUACUUGCCACUUCGAGCAAUGUUUCCAAAGAGCCUCACCACACCGGAGUCAUGGACAUACUCUCCGCUUCCCGAUACCCUCAUGGCCUCAUGCACCCUUAUGAGAGUUCUCCAGAGAUGCCUGCCACCAAGCCCAGUCACAACUCGACCGACUCCCUUUAUGGCGGUAUCGUUGUCAAUAAUUCCCAAACAAAAGUCAGCAAUGCCACCUCCACAAACAAACAACCCUCCCGAGCUACCAAGAAGAGAUCAAGCAAACAGAUGACCGCCUCGGACGACAACGACAACGACGACCAACCGGACAGCAAGAAGCACCGAGGACGACCACGACUUGAUACCCACGACAAAACUGCUGCAGAUCGUCGACGUACUCAGAUCCGCUUAGCGCAGAGAGCCUAUCGUCAUCGCAAAGAAACCACCAUCUCUGCAUUGAAGCAGAAGGUCUUGGUUCUCCAAGCCACUGUCCACCAGAUGAACAAGGCCUUUGUCGAUCUUCAUGACAAUAUCAUUAGCUCCGGAGUUUUCACACCUCAUCUCUCACUUGCCCGCCAACUUCAUGAUGCAGCGGACGAUUUCAGCCUCCUCAACAGAAUAACCGCCACAGACUCCGACGAUGAAGACGACAAGAUUCCCGGGGGGGCAGGGGCUGAUUCCGGACCAGCUUCAAAUUCCACCCCUGAAGAUGAGUCCACAACAGUGACUGAACCCGCAAAGAAAGGCCGACGUGGACGUUCAUCCAAGAAACAAACACAGUCCGCUCAGCGCCGCCCACCCCAGGAGGUGGAUUCGAGUGAACCUGAGGCAGAUUUGCCAUUGGUAUCUACUGUUGGCAGCCAUGACAACAUCCUCAGCGCAAUAUCCCAGACCAGCUUCAUGGACAUACCAGGCCUACCAGUGUUUCGUGAUUUAAUGCAAUUCAACGUUCAGCUCCCAGACAUCGAUCCAGAUGCUUCGCCAUACCCCGAUCUAACACCAAGUAUCCCUCUCCCGCGUUCGUUAACAGCGCCGAAUCAAGGAGGCUCCUACACCUACAGCUUCCAGGAAACUUCUUUCGCUCGGCGCUUACACCGUAUGGCUCUCGAACGCGGUUUUCGGGGCCUGACCAACCCGACCGCCGACCCAAAAUAUCUCAAGAGGGCAUUCCGCUUUACUUUCUGUUUUUCCAACCGCAAACGCAUCGUCGCACGCUUCAAUGAGAUUCUCAAGCGUGGAGCCGGUGAAAGUCUCGAGAAUUGGAGUGUACCAUUCUUCAAUAUUGGAGGCGCAGGAACCCAUUUCCCUCGUCAAGACGAGAAAGGAAACAACAUCUAUCCGCCAAACAUGUUGAGUGCAGCCCAGGCCUUUGGCCCUCAACCAUGGGUACAGCCCGAGACGCCGCGAACCGAAGCAAGUACUCAAGAAAUGUUGGACGCCAUCGGCUUUGGCGGCGAGUGGUUUGAUUCGCACGACGUUGAGGAAUACCUCAAGACCAAAGGUAUUUACCUCGAUGGACAGAGCUCAUAUGUUGAAGUCGAUCCCUCUGUCCUCAUGACCCUGAACGGUGGAACGGACACCCCAUCAUUUCCCAACAGCGAUGUCUCGAGCUCGACACGCAGCCCUCACGACACAACUACCAUUCGUACCCCAUCUCCCUUCCUUCGCAAUGGCUUCUCACGACCUAAUCCCUCAGCCUCAGCUGAUGAAGAGCCCUUAUUCGGAACAGAUCUAAACAUCAUCUUUGAUGAAAAUAAUCAUGAAGUGACAGCCACUUCCACUUCCAUUUCCACCUCCGACCCAUCUCUUCUCAUGCCAUACUCCAAGCCUACUCCUCACUUUAAUAAAAAUAACCUCAACGACUUUAUCCCAUACAACGACGCCUGGUCCAACCUUGCCGGCCUUGCCCUCGGUACCAGCCACCUCUCUGCCAUAAAUAGCCCAUCAUCCCAGGAUCUGAUGCUGACUCGACGACGGGGACCUUUGACAUUUGACGUCGAACUCUUCCUUGAAACCAUGGUGAACCAAAGUGCUUGUCUGGGUCGUGCCCCUGGCUUUAGAAAGAAUGAUAUCGACGAUGCUUUGAGGUUGAGUGUUCAAGAAUCUUUUUGAUUUCCUCAACAAUAAUACCCUCCCUGGCAAUGGCAAUGCUGUGCUUGAGUCUACGAGGGAUCGACAUGUAUAACAGAGUUUUGGUUUGUUGGAAUGUCUGAAUGAAUGCAUGGAUUUCAAGGGUCUGUAUGUCAACACCAUUGCUAUCUUCAUGGUCAUUGUCAUCCAGUGGCCCUCCUAAACAUCAUAGACAGAACUAAUUAGCAAUCAAAAUCGCCUGCUGUUUCGCUCAAAUGCUCAAAUGAGUAUUGACAAU